AUGUUUAACGCGCUCAAUCGAUUCAUGUCGCGCCUCGACGGCGGCGACGGCCAGCAACGUCACUCCGAGCAGGGCUCCUUUGGUUUUCAGGUGCUGAGGAACACGAACAAUCAGCUCGCCGUCGAGCCGUGGUUCGACUUCAUCGUUGGCAUCAACGGGAGACCCAUUGACACCCCGAAUCCCACGCUCUUUGCCCAGGAGGUUCAAAAUUGCGCCGGCGGGAACGUCACGCUAGGUCUAUGGAACGCAAAGGGCCAACGCACGAGAGAGAUGCACAUCCCCGUCCCCGGCACCGACGCGUCGCUGGGCUUAUCACUCCAGUAUGCGCCCAUCGCGCUCGCCGCCAACAUCUGGCACGUCCUCGACGUCGCCCAGAAUUCUCCCGCCGACCAUGCCGCUCUGCUCCCCUACAGCGACUACAUCCUCGGUAGCCCCGAAGGGGCCCUGCACGGCGAGAGCGCCCUCGGAGAGCUUGUCGAGGACUACAUCGGACGGCCUCUGCGGCUGUACGUUUUCAACCACGAAUACAACGUGACGAGAGAGGUCACCAUACAACCUAGUCGUGGCUGGGGCGGCGAGGGGGCUCUCGGCUGCGUCUUGGGGUACGGCGCCCUACACCGACUGCCGGCGCCGCUGAGCGAACCAGUCAGCGCUCCCGGGGAGACCAUGUUUGACGGGGAUGAAAAGGCAGCGGGACAGGGCGCCUUUGUGCCCGCCGAAAUCGUCACCCCACCAGCACUAGGGGGCGAGUAUCUCGUUCCGGCCCAGAUGGUCGGGUCAGCGGCCAUUGGCGCCCCGCCAAGAACGGGGAAGAAGAAGGAGCGGCAUGGCCAUGGCACCAACCAGUUGAUGGACGACUACUUCAAGGAAGAGGAGCAGAAGAGCCGCGAGGCGGACCAUGUUCCCACGUCAAAAGGAUCAGGGCUGCCUCCACCACCCAAGGCUGCCGGCCCCCCCCCCAAAGCGGAGGCCGAAUCGGGGGCGGAGGUGAUGGCGCAGGCGCAAGAGAAAGCUCCGGAGCAGGCACAGGAGCAGGCACAGGAGCAGGCACAGGAGCAGACACAGGAGCAGACACAGGAACAGGCACCGGAGCAGGCACAGGCGCAGGUACAGGCACAGGCACAGGAAGUGGAGCAGGUACCGGCGCAGGAGCCGCCGCAGGCGGGAGCCGGCGAGUGA